GCAGAGGCUGUAAACAAUCUGCAGAGAGCAAGCGUCCAUUUUUAUAGAGGCUGAAAACAGAAAACAGAGAUGGGGGCUGUACUUGGACUCUGCUCUAUGGCCAGCUGGAUCCCUUGUCUGUGUGGGAGUGCACCCUGUCUGCUGUGCAGUUGCUGCCCCAGUGGAAACAACUCCACAGUCACUCGACUCAUCUAUGCAUUCUUUCUUCUCCUGGGAGUAGGGAUUGCUUGCAUUAUGUUGAUGCCAGGAAUGGAAGGACAGUUAAAAAAGAUUCCUGGAUUUUGUGAUGGCGGCAUGGGGACAUCCAUUCCUGGAAUUCAGGGACAUGUGAACUGUGAUGUCCUGGUUGGCUACAAGGCAGUGUACCGGAUUUGCUUUGGGAUGUCCAUGUUCUUCCUGCUCUUUUCAUUGCUGAUGAUCAAGGUGAAGAGCAGUCGGGAUCCAAGAGCUUCAGUACACAAUGGGUUCUGGUUCUUUAAGUUUGCGUCUGCUGUAGCCAUCACUGUUGGAGCUUUCUUCAUCCCAGAGGGACCCUUUACCACAGUGUGGUUUUGUGUCGGCAUGGCUGGGGCUUUCUGCUUCAUCCUGAUUCAACUGGUCCUGCUGAUUGAUUUUGCCCACUCCUGGAACGAGUCCUGGGUAGAAAAAAUGGAGGAAGGGAACUCCAGAUGCUGGUAUGCAGCCCUCCUUUCUGUUACAGCUUUGAAUUACAUCCUGUCCCUGAUUGCCUUGGUACUAUUUUACAUCUAUUAUACCCACUCUGAAGGCUGCACUGAGAAUAAAGCCUUUAUCAGCAUUAACAUGUUGAUCUGCAUUGGUGCCUCUGUGUUGUCUAUCCUGCCCAAGGUCCAGGAGUCCCAGCCACGGUCCGGUUUGUUGCAGUCUUCCGUCGUCACUUUAUACACAAUGUAUUUGACCUGGUCAGCCAUGACUAAUGAACCUGAUAGAGAAUGCAAUCCUAGUUUGCUGAGCAUAAUUGGCUAUAACAACACUGGAACUCCAAGCAGCCAUGGUCAUGUUAUUCAGUGGUGGGAUGCUCAGGGAAUUGUUGGCCUGAUUCUGUUCUUGCUGUGUGUUCUCUAUUCCAGCAUUCGCAACUCCACUAACAGGCAGGUGAACAAACUGACACUGACCAGCGAUGAAGCCACACUGAUAGAGGAAGGAGUCAACAGGACUGAUAGCUUUGAUGAGGGAGAUAAUGUGAACCGCGCAGUAGAUAAUGAAAAGGAUGGGGUUACUUACAGCUACUCCUUUUUCCAUUUCAUGCUGUUCUUGGCUUCACUGUACAUCAUGAUGACACUUACUAACUGGUACAGCCCUGAUUCUACCUAUGAAACAAUGACCAGCAAAUGGCCGUCUGUGUGGGUAAAAAUUUCCUCCUCGUGGAUCUGCAUUACCCUGUAUGUGUGGACUCUUGUUGCUCCACUGGUUCUUACAAACCGUGAUUUUGACUGAAUAGUGUUACUGUUAUGUGCUUGAUGCUUUCUUACUCACAAAGUAGUUGCAGUAAACAGGAUUCAAAGCUGAAACAAAUUUGUAAAUAUGCAUGCUAUCAUUGUGGUUGAUCUUGCGUACUUGUUUAACUGCAUGUCUGAGAAUAGUUCUACUUUUCACAUAUAGAGCCUGAAUAAAGGCAGUGUAAUGUUAAGACCUUGAUAUGUUAUCAAGAAACUAUUGGAUUUAUGAGGGAUGGGUCAAGAUCAGUGUACUGAAAUAUGGAAUUUCUGGUUUGUUCUGGUGAUGUUUGGCAAGUCCUGUAAGUGAUUAAGAGGGUGAGAAGGAUGGAUGUAUAAAAAAGUGACUAUAUAGCUGUAUGUGAAAUGCUUAUUAAUCAGGUAGGAUAAUAUAAAAAUGUAAUAAAGGGAAUUUACAUUAUUUGAAAAAAAUGAAGUACUAAUUAUCUGUGGAGAUUUUCUUUCAAUGCACUAGUAAGGUGUUAGGUGCAUUGGCAUACUAAGCUAUCCUAACUAUUGUGUAAUAUCUUGACCUGUAACCUCAUUAGUUUUCCACAGUAUUACGUUUUUACAUUUCAUUUGCUGUGAUUUAUCUUUUGUUUUUGAUUAGUAUUUUUUAUGUUUCUACCAUGUAUUUUAACUUGGUAUUGCAUUGUAGAUGUACAUGUAUUUUGUUCAAUAAUAUAACCGGAAGUGACUUGUUUAUUAUUAUUAUUAUUAUUGCCUGCAAAGCAGCUCUAACGGUAUUACUGAAGGAGAAUACUGUUGUAGUGAUAGCAUUUUUAUUUAUUCAAUAGAAUAUAUAUUUAGGGUAUGUUCUAACUAUUUAAAACACACACAUCCUGCACAGGGCAUUUUAAAGUGACAUUUAGUGCCAUCAAAAAGGACACCUUAAUACUAUAUAACUGAAUACAAAUCUAGAAUUGUUGUGUUUAUGUACAAGGUCCUGACAGCGUUGUCCUGGGUACAGUUGUCAGUUUAGGGGUCAGAGUUGAAAGAAAAGGUGAAGCUACACUUUCAGAAAGAUAUGACAUUACUGUUUCAUCUGCUUGACAUAUGUGUUGUAAACCUUUUGUCAUUAAAUUACUUUAAAGGCAAAUAA